CGUGGUGUUUUCACUAGUCCACCUUCAUCUCCCUCCCCGGCUGUUCAUUCACACACACUGCUUCUGUUGGAGAGACGCCACAACUCAGACAUGAGCGGACGAGUUGGAGACCUAAGCCCCACGCAGGCAGAAAUCUUAUCUGAGUUUCGGGGGAGGAUCCAGGACAUCCUCCCCAGCCUGCCUGCUCAGCAUGACCACUACCUCCUCCGCUGGCUCCGAGCUCGUAGCUUCAAUGUUCAGAAAGCCGAGGCCAUGGUCAGAAAGCAUGUGGAGUUCAGGAGACAGAUGAGAGUGGACUCCAUCAUAUCUGACUGGAAGCCUCCAGAGGUGAUUGAGAAGUACGUGUCUGGAGGGAUGUGCGGCUAUGACAAGGAGGGAAGUCCCAUCUGGUACGAUGUGAUUGGUCCUCUGGAUCCUAAAGGUCUGCUGUUGUCGGCGACCAAACAGGACUUCAUAAAGACCAAGAUCAGACACACAGAGAUGCUGCAGAGGGAGUGCAGGAGGCAGUCAGAGAAGUUGUCAACCAACAUUGAGGCCAUCACUCUGAUCUAUGACUGUGAAGGACUUGGACUGAAGCAUAUAUGGAAACCUGCUAUUGAGACCUAUGGAGAGAUCCUCACCAUGUUUGAAGACAACUAUCCGGAGGGGCUGAAGAGAGUGUUCCUCAUCAAAGCUCCCAAAAUGUUUCCUAUGGCCUACAACUUGAUCAAACACUUUCUAUGUGAGGAAACACGACGCAAGAUCAUCGUUUUAGGAAGUAACUGGCAGGAGGUUCUGCAUAAACACAUCGACCCAGAGCAGCUGCCUGUGGUGUACGGAGGAACCCUGACCGACCCUGAUGGAGACCCUCGCUGCAGAACCAUGAUAAAGUACGGCGGCACAGUUCCCAGGUCCUACUACGUGCAGGACUCGGUGAAGGUUCAGUAUGACAGUAGUGUGACCAUCAGCCGAGGCUCCGUCUUCCAGCUCGAGUACGACGUUACUGCAGCCAGCAGCCUGCUGAGGUGGCAGUUUGCCAGUGAUGGAGCAGAUAUUGGGUUUGGAGUGUACCGACGGACCAAAGAGGGCCGCGGUCAGAAGGUGGCUGAGAUGCUGCAGGUUUUGCCCAGUGAACGCUACAACGCCCACCUGGUCCCUGAAGACAGCUGCCUCACCUGUACAGAGCCGGGAGUCUAUGUGCUGUGUUUUGACAACAGCUACAGCAUCCUUCAGUCCAAGAAGGUGAGCUACAAAGUGGAGGUUGUUCCUCCUGCAGAUGGACAGAUGCAGAGUCCACGCAGCAGAGGAGGAGACAUGAGGCUGCAGUGAGGACGUCCACACCUGAACUACACAUCACAGAUCCCCGACAAGCGACAUCGACAUCGCGGCAUCAGGGCUGGAUUUACCUUCUUAAAGCCCCCAUUUGUCCCACUUAGUGUUAGUUUAAACUUAGUAAUUCGUUUGUAGUAGCUGGAUUAAUACGUGAACACCAGCCUGAAAUAAGUGCUGUUACACCUCAACAUGACAGUAUGAAAACAUGAUGUCCCUUUUUCAGCACAACCAGCACUAUUUGAACACCUGUAUUGUUGUCAUGUCACAUGAUGUAAGUAGCCUAUGGAUAUACACUACCGUUCAAAAGUUUGGGGUCACUUAGAAAUGUCCUUAUUUUUGAAAGAAAAGCAGUUUUUUUUUUCAAUGACGGUAACAUUUAAUGAACCAGAAAUCCAGUCUAGACAUUGUUAAUGUGGUAAAUGACUAUUCUAGCUGGAAACAGCUGAUUUUUAAUGGAAUAUCUCCAUAGGGGUACAGAGGAACAUUUCCAGCAACCAUCACUCCUGUGUUCUAAUGCUACAUUGUGUUAGCUAAUCAUGUUGAAAGGCUGGAUGAUUACAUGAAUAAAAGUGUGAGUUUUCACUGAAAACAUGAAAUUGUCUAGGCGACCCCAAACUUUUGAACGCUAGUGUAAUUUGAAACAGAACUUUAUGACACUACAUUCACUUUUCAACACAGAAAAGACUGUUUGCUAUCUUUGAACGUGUAGCCCAAGGCAUCAGUACAGUGCUACCAACCAAGUGAGCAUUUGUUCAAAUUACUACAAACACCAGAGUGUGAACCUGGAUUCUUUUGUCCCCCUGAUGUUAAUCCAGCCUUAGUUUUCAUUGCAAACAGGGACCACUCAGGUUCACAGAAACAUAAGUUUCAGAAGACUUUAUUUCAGCAGCAUUUCAAACCAGAACCACAUUAACUCUAUAAGCUCAUCAUUUAACGUUGAAGGAACAUUUUAUGAGCUAUUGCCAUGUUUUUGUACUUUAAUCUUUACUGUGAGAAGCUAAUGAAUGACUCUGUCAGGACUUACUUUCUGAGGUUGUUUAUCAAGUGGAGAUCUGCUUGAUUCUUGUAGUCUCACCGUCAAAUUGAAAGAUAAUAGAAUUUGUUCUUCCAUUUUAUAACGCUAUAUUGUUUUGAAAUGAAGGAUGUUGAUAAUUAUCUUUGAUAUGCCCCAAAACACCCUUCGAAACCAUGAAACAUCAUUAUGAAGUCUUGUUGUAAAUGAAACAAUGAUCAUUUGUUAUUAAUUUAUGGAAACUUCUGUUACCUUUAGUUCGUCUAAUAGUAAGUACAUAAUAAACACAGCAAUUGUGUAUUCAUAAAAUGUAGUUUUUUUGUUGUGUGUGCAUUAUAUACACUAUCCCUCAGGUGCAUCUGUGUACAAGCAGACAGAAAAUGAUCACAACAGACAAAAUGUGAUCACAAUAUAAGCAUACAGUUUGACAAAUAACACAGAAGGAUGGAAAUGAAACACAGAAUGACCACACACAGUUACAAACUGACCAGCAAAAAUGCAAAAAAAAUUGAAAAAACCACAAGAACACACAAUAUGACCACAAAGAAGCACAAGAAUGCGGGUUUGUCUUGCCCCUUUUACAUGUCCUGUACAUAUCUGUUGUCUCUCUUGACAGAUCAAGAGAGAACAUGUCCUAUGACUGACUGCUGUUUUCUUUUAUUUCUUGUUUGUGGGUCAUUCCAGAAUUAGAGGACAUUUGGGCUUCAAAACCUUUGAAAAAUACAACUCUUUUACAAUUUUCUGCUACAUAUUGUAAAUGAGGUUUGUUUUUGUAAAAUGUAACAUGUAUCAACUUGAAAUUACGAAAGGGCUGCCUUAAAAUUUGGAGUUAAGUCAAACUUAUUUUGUUAUCUUGAUUAAAUAUCUCUUGUGUCAA